UUUUUCUUUCUUUUUUUUGUGAAUCAGAAUGAAGCAGAUAUAUAGAAAACGAACCCACAGACAACACAAUCAUCAACUCACAAUUCAACAGUAAACUAAAAACAUACCAGAAAUAUCAAGCCCAUAAUCAUCAUCAUCAUCGCCAUUGUCCUCAACAAUGACGGUUCUGAAUUACUUCAUCACAGUGACCUCCUCAGCCACGCCCAUUUCUCAGGACUCCUCCGUAACCCCAUCGGCGCCCGACCCACGACUAACCAAAAUCAUUUUGCCGAAGAAGAAGCAAAUGAAAUGGUCCACCGGGGUGGCUCCGGGGGAUUAUGGCGGUCCACCGACAACGACGAAGCUCCGAAAGUAUUGGGGAGGCGAAGAAGAGGACCCAUUGACCUCCGACGAGUUUAUAUGGAACAAAGACUUUAUGGGUCGCAUGAAAAGAUUGAUUCAGGACUCUGAUUCCGAUGCUUCCGCUCAAACAGCUCCCGUUAAGGAAGAGCCAUCUGGGUUUUUAAGCUUGAAUAGAGUCAUGUCACUUGACAGUAUGGAGGUUGAUUUGAGCAAAGAACUUACAACUCCUAUCAAACGUGAAUUAGAUUUGCAAGUUGAGCCUACAGCUCAGUCCGAGGGAAGCACAGCGACCAGAUGGAAACCGGCACCAACACGGCGAGAGCAAGAGAAGUGGGAAAGAGCAACUAAGGCUGCGACUGGAGGCAGUGACGUGAUGUUUCGAGAAAUAAGGCGUCCUCGAGGGGACCCUGAAGUUUUGGCUGCUCAAUCAAGGGAACAGUAUUUCAAAUUAAAAAAUAAGUUACAAAUCCUCACCCUUGGCAUAGGUGGUGUUGGUUUAGCCUCAGCUUAUGUUUCCUAUUCUCCUGAAAUUGCAGCUAGCUAUGGUGCUGGAUUGGUUGGUUCUUUGGUAUAUAUGCGUAUGCUUGGAAAUACUGUUGAUUCGAUGGCAGAUGGAGCAAAGGGACUCGUCAAGGGAGCAAUCGGGCAGCCAAGAAUGUUGGUUCCUUUUGUACUAGUCAUGCUCUAUAACCGGUGGAACGGAAUUCUUGUUCCAGAAUAUGGUUUCAUGCACUUGGAAUUGAUACCAAUGUUGGUGGGAUUUUUCACAUACAAGAUAGCUACUUUCAUUCAAGCUAUAGAGGAUGCAUUUAUGGUGGUUCAAAAAGAGACCCGAGUAUAAAAUGAAUCUUCUCAUACGUAAGGAGAAUCUAGGACAACAUUUAUUCAAUUGAAAUUUCCAGCAUUUCAUUAGAAACCAUAUAUAUAUAUAUAUAUAUUUCUUACAAUAAAGAAAGCCGAAACAGAAGGUACAAAGAAAAAAAGGACGUCAUAAUAGGGCCAAAGACCUCAAUAUUAUUGCUCCAACAAUGGUGGAUUAUAAGGGAGCCAGACAAGAAGUAUCUUUCUGUCAUCAAUGAUUCCCUCGUUGAUUGAGAAUUUAAGAGGGCAAGGUAUUUUUUUCCUCUUAAAUAAUGGGGCAAACACUAAUGGGAUGUUUGUU